GCCGAUCAGCAAAUGUGAGUAAAUGAACUGUCAAUAAAUGUAAACAUAUGUUUAUUUUGUUGUUUAAAAAAAAAAAAUGUCAAUUAAUUUGGAUAUCAGAUUAAAAAGAGCUAAUAAAAUUUAUCAUGAAGGUGAAAAAAUUGUUGGUUUAAUUUUACUCCAAACAAAUUCAGAUGUUAAACAUGAUGGAAUUUUUCUCACUAUGGAAGGUACCGUGAAUCUACAGCUGAGUUCCAAGAAUAUUGGAAUAUUCGAGGCAUUUUAUAAUUCUGUCAAGCCAAUUCAACUUGUACAGUAUACUGUGGAUGUUGUUCCAGCAGGUAAAAUACCAUCUGGAAAAACAGAAAUACCAUUUGAAUUGCCUCUAAUUCCACGUGGAUCAAAAAUACUUUAUGAAAGUUAUCAUGGUGUAUUUGUUAAUAUUCAAUAUGUCAUAAAAUGUGAUAUAAAACGUAAUUUUCUUGCAAAAGAUGUUUGUAAAACAUUUGAAUUUAUGGUUGAAGAUAAACCAGUUCCAUCAAAAAGUAUACGUGAUAUUUGUAAACCAGUUUGUUUUAAAAUAAAACCAGAAUCAUUACAAAAUAUUCGUGAUAAAAAAAAUAUACCAGUAUUUUGUAUAACUGGUAAAAUUGAUACUGUUGUUUGUAAAUUAUUUGAGCCACUUACUGGUGAAGUUGUUAUUGAAAAAUGUGAAUCUGUUAUUAAGUCAAUUGAAUUACAAUUAGUCAGAGUAGAAACUUGUGGAUGUGCUGAAGGAUAUUCACGUGAUGCAACUGAAAUACAAAAUAUACAAAUUGGCGAGGGUAAUGUUAGCAUUGGUGUGCCUAUACCAAUUUACAUGAUUUUUCCAAGAUUGUUUACUUGUCCAACUCUAAGUACAAGUAAUUUUAAAAUUGAAUUUGAGGUGAAUCUUAUUGUUGUUUUUGAAGAUGACUAUCUUGUUACUGAAAAUUUUCCAAUUGUUCUGAGUCGUCAUUAGUAACUAGUCCUUUGAUUCAUCAAUUAAUUUUAAUGACAAAAAAUUAUACCAAAAUUCAAUGAACAUUUAAAAAAAGAAACUAUAUAAUCAAAUUAUUUUUAAAAUUUAUAUUUGAUUAUUAGAAAGAAAAAAAAAAAAACUAAUAAAUAA